AUUUUUGCAAAAACGUCGUUUGGAAUUCGCCACUUUCCUCAUAGCGCAGCGCGCGACUCGGUUUCCACGGAAACGGGACUCUACCAUCAAAACAUGGCGUCUGCAAUACAAUUACAAAUCGUCGGUCUGAUGAACAAAUACAAUUUCCAAAUAGCCAAAGGCAUUGCAGAGGGAUUGAAAAAUAAAUUCACGGAGUCGUUUGAUGAUCCAGUUAUUCUGCCACUGCUCGAAUGUGACUGGCAUGGCUACUUAUCUAACAAAAAGAGGGAGCUGAAAGGAGAGGUUUGGCAAUACACCGGCUGUCUUAUGUGCUUUGUAAACGGUCAGUUGCUCGGUGAUGAGAGGAAGCUAUCCAGCUGGGCAGAAAGAGAGUGGAAGUUUUCUUUCCAUCGACCACAGGCACUUUAUAAGGCCCUGGCUGAGGAGUAUUACAGCAAGAACCUACGAAGCACUGGGCACAUUUUUGUUUAUAUGGACGUUGAAAUUGGUGGACAGGCAGCUGGCAGACUGAUGUUUGAGCUGUUCUCAGAACUGUGUCCAAAGACAUAUAGGAACUUUAAGGCCUUAUGCACUGGAGAGGUAGGCUUGUCCAAGAGUAAUCUUGAGUUGAGCUACAAAGGUUCGAUUUUCCACAGAGUUGUGCCAAAUGGCUGGGUGCAGGGAGGAGAUAUUCUACCUGGAAGGAAAGGCAAUGGGGGAGAGUCUAUCUAUGGCCCAACAUUUGAGGAUGAGAAUUUUAUUGUCUCUCACAACAAGCGUGGCAUCCUGGGAAUGGCUAACCAAGGUCCACAUAGCAAUGGUUCUCAGUUCUACAUCACACUACAACCAGCUUCCUGGAUGGACUACAAAUACGUGGCAUUUGGGCAACUUGUUGAAGGCACAGAGGUUCUGAAGAAACUAGAGGAAGUGCCCGCAUACAACGAAAGGCCAAAGCAAGACUGCAAAAUAAUAGCCUGUGGAGUGAUUGAGCCCUGAGUUCUCAUAUAGCUCACAUGAAUAAUGCAAAAAUGUAACUACCUGUUUUAGUAUGUUUUUUAAUCUAUGUCGCUUGUUUGUCUUAUUAC